UCAUGUGGGCUGAACCAUUUGGAAGGGCCAUGCAAGACCCAGGCUGUGUCCGGACCUCUGGAUAAGACCACACCUUCCCCUCCUAGACGGGCAUUCCCGCCUCCUGAAGUUCUUCUAGACGAAAGAAGCCACAACAAACUCUGUCCACGUCUCCGCUCCCAGGGAGUUCCGGCUUCCUCUCGACCAGCCGCAAAGCCUCUCCUGGGUGUCCCGAGCGGCACAUUGUUCUCCUCCGGAACCGUGGCGUUUGAUUCUCUGGUCUAUUUAACAAGGUCUUCUCUUGUACAAGAUUGUGACUUGGAGUUUCUUAUUUCUUUUAAUAAAAAGCCAGAAGAGUGGAAAGGGAUGAGCUCAGUGAAACUCUGCUCUGUAAAGCUGAACGAUGGGUUCUUCAUGCCCAUGCUGGGAUUUGGCACCUCUGCUCCUAAUAAGGUUGCUAAGAGUGAGGUGGAAGAGGCUGUCAUGAAAGCAAUCGAUGUAGGCUACCGCCAUUUUGACUCCGCUUACUUGUAUCUAAAUGAAGAAGAGAUUGGGAGGGCCAUCCGGAAGAAGAUCACUGAUGGCUCUGUGAAGAGAGAGGACGUAUUCUACACUUCAAAGGUGUGGGGAACCUUUUUACGUCCAGAAUUGGUUCGAACCAGCUUGGAAAUAUCGCUGAGGAAACUUCAGUUGAGCUAUGUGGAUCUUUAUCUUAUACAUAUCCCAGUACUUUUGAAGGCCAUGGAGAAGUGUAAGGAUUCAGGGCUGGCCAAGUCCAUCGGGGUGUCCAACUUCAACCGCAAGCAGCUGGAGAGGAUCCUGGACAAGCCCGGCCUCAGGUACAAGCCCGCGUGCAACCAGGUGGAGUGUCACCCUUACCUCAACCAGAGCAAACUGCUGGAGUUCUGCAAGCCCCAGGACAUCGUCUUGACUGCGUACGCGGCCUUGGGGUCCAACUCAGGGAAGGAAUGGCUGAGCAAGAACAACCCAGUUCUCCUGGAGGAUCCAGUGCUCAGUGCCAUUGCUGCAAGGCACAGGCGAACCCCAGCCCAGGUGGCCCUGUGCUACCAGCUGCAGCGGGGGGUGGUGGCCCUGGCCAAGAGCUUCAAUGAGGAGAGAAUGCGGGAGAACUUCCAGGUUCUGGAUUUCCAGUUGACACCAGAGGACAUGGAAAGUCUAGACAGUCUAAACAGGAACAUUCGCUAUUUUGUAGAUCCUUUGGAAGUAGCUCCUUCUACCGUAGACCCUGGGGAGCAGGACGGAGAAGAAGUCCAGUUAUUCCAAUCCACAAAGGGGUUGCCUCUUCUCGGAGGAAAGCGGCUGGGAAACACUGUCUCUUCCAGCCCUUCCGUCCCCCUUUCCCUUGGGACUCUAAUGUCCUGUGUCCCGACCCUGCUUGCGUUCCAGCGUCAACCGAUGUGAUGGCGUCCUUUGCGGGCACCCUCAACUAAUGCCUCUCUCCCUCUGCCUUACUCAUCGGUCUACAUGAAACCUGGUUAAAUCCCACUGUCUGCCUCCAUCGUCAGUUUUUCCCUCCCCACGAAGUUAUUCCUAGAGGUACUCAAACCUGCUCUCGUCUUUAAAAACACAAAAACCUCCCUUAGAGCCGACUUCACUCUACAUCCCGUUUCUCCUUUCACACGGAAACUUCCUGAAGAAGGCUGUCCUCGCUUCCUCUAGCUUCUCUCUUCCCCCGCUCUUCUGAACCCACGCCAACCAGACAUCUGCUGUCCACUUUGCCAAAACUCUUCUCGCCCAGGUCAGCCACGACCUCGUCUUGUUUUAGCGGGAGGAACACUCUUUCCUAGAAACACACUCCUGGCUUGCUUUCUGCACAGCCGAUCUGGUUUCCCCUUGUCUCCCUGGCCAUGUCCCUUGUCGUGUUCUUUGCAGGUUCCUCCGCAGCAGCUCGACCUCUUAACUUUGGGGUGACCAAGGGCGCCAUCCUUGGACCCCUUCUCUUUUCCGCCUGCACCCACAUCCUCGGUGGUUUAAUCUAGUCUCGUGCUUUAAACACAUCUAAAUAUACACUCCCCCAAAUUAUACCCGACCCCGACCUGAGCCCUGGACCAACGUUUGCAUAUCCCUUUAUUCCACGACACUUGGGUGUGUGACGGGCAUCUCAAAACCUGUCGUGUCUACACUGAGCUCCCAGUGGCAACUGCUCGCAGGUGCCCCCACCACACGCACCACAAACACGCUCACACCGAGGUCUUCCGGCUCAGGUAGGCAACUGGCUGCAGUCUGUUCUUCCGGCCUCUGUACCCGACGUCCAUGCCCAGCAGCCAGAGUGACGGGCACCCCUCUUCUUGACAUCCGGUAGCCUAUUGCACUCAGGGAGAAGGCCACCUUCCUUACAGCACCCGCAAGGGCCAGCAGGACGCUGCCUCCCUGGCCGUCUGCCUCCACGUCCUUCUGCUGUGCCCCGCUGACCCCACGCAGCCCGGUGGCCUCCUGGCCGUCCCCCUCAUACACCUGUGCCGGGGACCGUUCUCUCUCUGCCUGCGACACUCUUCCUCCCGCUCCUUCACCACGUUCACGUCCGCACUCAGGGCUCACCGCUGUGACACCUUCUCUGUCACCCUUCCUAAAAACGCAACCCUUUCUCUCCGCUCUGCGUUUUUGUGUUGAUAGUCCUCAUUAGCAUGCCAUCCAGGUUCUUGAUUUACCUUGCUUAUUUUCUGUUUACCUCGAUUGAAAUGCUAGAUUCCCAGGGUGGGAUUUUUAAAAUUCUGUCUCCCUGAGUGAUAAACACUGGUUGA